AUGUCACAUCCUCUCCUCAUCCCCGGCUCUCCGGCGGUCUCCACACCUCCGUUGGAUCCAUCCGGUCGUCUCAGAUCGGAUACCCUCGUCACUUCCUCUUCUAUCGAGUCAGAUCAAUUACAAACGCCUCAAACUCCUACCAUUCUGGGAGUGAUGGAGCGUUAUGCUGGUGUAAAGAAUGUCACUCAGUCUUCCAGGGUUGUCUCUUCUCCCGAUGGGAUAAAUAAUGCGUCAGACGGCGAGCAUGUCGGGAUGGUACAAGAUGCUUCGAUAGGGGAGUUGAGGGAUGGAGAUGAAGAUGUUACGGUCCAGCAUAUCAUCCGACGUACGGAAAGCUAUGGAUUCUCUCAAGUAUCACCCUCAAGAUUAGAAACAAACCUCGAUUCGACUAUCCAGCAAAGUGUAUCUACCUCUCCUGCUGAAGAGCCCUCCACUGUCAUUCGGCAAGACGAGGCUGAACCUCUUCAGACGUCACAAGCCACACCUCUACCCCCGCUCCCCAGGAACGACAACUCGCUCACCUCGCCCGGGCAGUAUGUAUCGAUGACUAUGCCAGAAGGGGUGGCUACCGUCCCUUCUACUCCAGUCCGACCGACUGCAGAACAUCGUCGUUCCCGUUCAUCAUUGAAAGAUGUCGUACGACGUAAACUCAAUAGAUCCAAAUCGUCUCUCAAAUCUCUUCACACCAUGUCCAACGCAAGCUCUCCCGACGAGUAUGUAAAGCAGAAAGAAAAAGGUCGUUUUCGAUCUUUACUCUCCCUGUCUCUAUCACGCUCACAAUCUGCGUUAUCACUGCGUUCAGUCCCUACGACAUCUUCCCGUGCAUCUUCUGUCGCCUUCACACCUUUACACACAAGUCUUGUUGAUGAAUCCGACACUUUGCCCACCGUUCCCACCGUUGACGAAGGCGAAACGAUAGACGUUGUUCAAGAACUAGAAAUGAUUUCUGUACCCUUUGGUGGACCCAGAGAGUAUCUCGAAUCACCUCUGAGGUUUGACGAUUCGGAUAUGUUGGUUCAUAAAGCGCGUGUAAGGGUGAAAAAUCGUUCUCAGACUGUUUGGAAUAUGAAUAGUAUGGCAGAACCCGUUCUCAGUCGUCCGAGGGCAAAGAGUAUGCCUGUUUUUAGGUACAGGAAGGAUUUGUUCAAUUCAAUCUUGCCGAGAGAACUCAAGUUGGUCAUUCUCAGUCAUUUGCUCGAAGGACGACCAGAGGGUAAUCGUCGGUGGGACGGGGCAGUUGGGGGAAGGAGAGAAUUGAUCAAGCUUUCUAGGGUAUGCAAAUCAUGGGAAUCUCUCUGCUUCGAUGGUCAACUUUGGACCGAAGUGGAUCUCUCACCCUAUGCUGCCUUUCUUCAUCCGAACACUCUUCAACGCAUCCUCACGAAUACGGUACAAUUCAUGACUUCUCUUUCUUUCAGAGGGAUGGACAAUCUUCUUUCUUCCCACCUUGCCUCUCUUACUUCCCAAGGUAUCUUCUUACCAAAUCUCCUCACUGUCGAUUUACGAGGUUGUAAACUCCUUCACUCUGACGAUAUUUGCGCUAUCAUUUCGGCGGCACCACAAAUCCGACAGCUCAACUUGAAAGGAGUACAAGCUGUGAAUCCAGAAGUUAUCACCUCUUUACUCAAAUUGACCAAUUUGGAAUCCCUCGACGUGUCCCGAUGUUGGCAAAUCACUCUUUCAGAAAUAUCAACCUAUCUCGAAUCUCUUUCCGAUUCCCAAGCUGAUAAAUUGCGUAUCCUCAAAGUAGCAGGACUCAACGGAGUGGCAGGAAUAGAAGAUUUCCUCUCCCUCAUCGCCGGAAUGCAUCUUUCUGUAUUAGACAUGACUGGUGUAUUAGGAUUAUGGGACCAUCACAUUACUGCAAUGACAGAUGAACUUGAAGAACUCCGGCAAACUGCCACCUUCACUCAUUUGGCAUUAUCUUCAACCAUGCUUAGUGGCGAAGGUCUUCGUCAUCUAUCAGGAAAAGUCCCAAAGUUGAAGAAAUUGGAAUUGGCAGAUAUGCAGAAUGGUAUGCCUUUCAUGCCGGGUGAUGCUAGUAUGGGUUUGGUAGAGUUUUUAAGAAGUUGUCAAGAAUUAGAAAUGUUAGAUUUGUCAGAUACAGGAAGUCAAGGAGCUGUGACGGAUUUAGUAUUGGAGGCAUUACCAUCGACUCUGAAAGAAUUGCGGAUUGGAUUUGCGAAAGCUGUCACUUUGGACGGACUGAUGGGUUUGUUAAGUCGUUGUCCAAAGUUGGAGGUGUUGGAAGUGGAUGGUACAUCAGCCAAUAACGCGUUCAUGCGUGAAUUCCUUCGCCAACGUCCACCCUCUCCACGCAUAUCCCUAAGUUUGGUAGACUGCAGAGCUAUCACCCCUUCGGCAUAUUCGAGUCUCGCUCCUAUUUCUCGUUCUCGACGAGGGUUCACAGGUCAUGCCGCCAGCGUAUUCGCUUACGACGCUGAACUGGUCGAUAAACCAGUGUUGAAGACGUUUUGGUCAUGGCGUCGGGUGGGAGUACCGCGAGUAUGGCGAGACGAGCGUGAGGCCGCAGGAAGGGUAUUAGGUAGUGGAACGAGUUCUGGGGCAGGAGACGGGGGAGAAACGGAGAGGAGAAGGACGAGGGGAAAGAGGAAAUGGUGGAAGGCGGAGGAAGAUUGGGAUGAUACAGGUAGAGGCGGAUGUGUGGUCAUGUGA